UCCAGUUUCUACACUGCACGGGAUCCCUCCCCCCCCCCCCCCCCCCCCCCCCUCUUUCUCUGCUUCAAUGGAAUUGUCUUCACAUACCCACAACUUCUCUGUUCUCUCAGUAAGCAAAACUAUAGAGAAUGGAAAUGGAAGAAGGAGAGCAAGAAUGGUUGUUAAGAUGGCAGCAUCAACAUCAGAUAUGGCAGCUGCCUUUGAAGAGGGAAAGCUAGAAAGGCCUAAGUGGUCAGGACAGACGCCUCUCUCUCGUCUUGUUGGAGCUCUUAUUGCUUUUAAGCCUCUCUCCUCUGUUCUCAAACUUGGUGCCAGACAAGUCCUUAUCAGAACAGCAGAGAAGGGGAACAUUCCAUGGAGAGAAAUGACAAAGGAGAUUCUUGAAUCAGAUGUGUAUAAGGAGCUGGAGGGCAUUCAAAAUCCCUCACUUGUUUAUCCAGAUUAUUACCUAAAUCCUUUCCAUGCUUACGACGAGGGAAAUCUUUCAUGGCUGGCUGCAGCUGAAGCUGAAGCUGCAACCAUGUCAAUGGUGAGGCGAGCAAUACCUAAUGCUUCUACAGUAGAUGAAGCAAAUCAAGUAGUGCGUGGAAAUUGGCUUCAGGCAAUUGAACAGCAUCAUCUACAGUACUCUGGGACUACCAUGAUUAGAGACAUUCUAGAUAUUGGAUGUUCUGUAGGUGUUAGCACAAGAUUUCUGGCUGACAAGUUUCCUUCUGCUAAUGUCACUGGGCUAGAUCUGUCACCUCACUUUCUUUCCGUAGCUCAAUUCAAGGAAAAGAAGAUAGGUCCUAGAAAGAAUCCUAUUAAAUGGAUGCAUGCUAAUGCAGAAGACACAGGCUUUCCACCCCAAUCAUUCGAUCUUGUUUCAGUUUCAUAUGUGUUUCAUGAAUGUCCUGAAAGAGCAAUAGUUAAUAUACUGAAGGAAGCAUUCGGGCUACUUCGUCCUGGAGGCACAAUUGUUGUGUCGGAUCAAUCACCAAAGUCAAAGAUCCUACAGAUCAUGGAGAAAGUAGAGAAGGCACCAAACGAUCCAGAGAGUGAAGAAACUGAAGCCAUUGAGCUUAUCCUCUAUCAAGUCUCUGAAUGCUAUGUUUAUGUGAUACCACCGAGGAAAAGUGCUGCUUCUUACAGGGCUGAUGAAUGGGAUGUCAACAAAUGGGCCUGGGAAGGGACUUUGAAAGUCAUUAGCAAGGGUGAAGAGUGCAUUAUCAGACUUGAAGAUAAAACCACAGGUGAAUUAUAUGCGCGGGCAUUUUUGAGAAAGGGGGAGCUACAUCCAGUGGAACCUGUAAUUGAUAGCAGCAGAUAUUUUGUUCUGCGGAUAGAGGAAAAUAUAGGUGGUCGCCUUAGGCAUGCAUUUAUUGGCAUAGGAUUUAGAGAAAGAACAGAAGCUUAUGAUUUCCAGGCGGCGCUGCAUGAUCACAUGAAAUAUCUGGACAAGAAGAAAACUGCGGAAGAGAUGGAACAGCAUUUUCAGGAAACUUCCUCGGUUGAUUACAGUUUAAAAGAAGGGGAAACUCUUGUACUCCAAAUGAAAAACAAACCUAGAGGUAGUGUGAAGUCCAAGUUUUUCGAGCAGGGUCUGAACAAUCUGUCAUUGGAGGGGAAGAGCGAUGGAAAAGAACCCUUGCUUAGUAUCAGACCUCCGCCUCCCCCAGCACCGCCUUCACCCGCUACAAGUGUACAGAUUUCUCCAUCAAACUUGCCACCAAAAAUUACUCUUGAUGGAAAUUCUACUGAAAAAUCCCCCAACUUGGCCAAGGAUGAAGCUGAACAGCAGCAUUUUCCUGACAAUGAAAGCUCACAAGAUAUACAAGAUGAUGAUUUCGGAGAUUUUCAAGCAGCUGGGUGAUGAGGACUAGAAAUUGACAUAUUUAUAAUCAAAUUCCUCAGCGUCCUUUCUUGCUUUUGUGGGAUUGGAGUUCUCAAGGGUUUAGAUAGAGAUCCAACUAUGAGAUUUUGAUCACCGUUUUCUGUGAAAUAUUCAGUAAAUAUUACGAAAAGUGGAUUUACCCUUCCGACCGCA